AUGGCUUUCACAGCAAAAUCAGCUCUACUUUGCUUUUUCGUUGGGGUACUGUACCUCACGCAGAUUCAGGCCCUUCCCAUACCUGGAAACGACGCUGACAUCUCAUUCGCCUCCACGACGGAACUCAUCCCUGCGAACACUACCGCAAUUGACACCUUAACUGAGUCGGAAUCCUCCCUUCGAGUGAAACGUCAAGGUGGCGGAUGCGGCUGCGGUUGCGGAUGUGGCUGCUGCUGCUGUCGACCUCGGUGGCGGUGCGGUUGCUGCGGUGGCUGCGGUGGCUGCGGUGGCUGCGGUGGUUGCGGAUGCUGCGGAUGUGGAGGUGGAGGACGCAAGCGCCGAUCCAUCCAGAACUUGAAGAUCAAGCUUGCCGACAAGAUUGAGAGAGAGCAAAGAAUCCUAUCCAGCUUCAGGGCCACUCUCCUCACCUUGCCAGCUUCUUCCGAGCAACCCGCUGAGCCAGUUCAACCUGAGCAGCCUGCCGUGCCUGCCACUCCUCAAGAAGCCAUUCAGCCUACUCAACCUCAAGCAGCCAGCCCUUACCGGAAGCUCCAGCUCAACCAGAAGAUGCGCUGGUCCUGGUCGAGUUCCCUUUCUCCAAACCGGACGAAAAUACUCCGACUGAAUGGCCACAACCAGUAUUUGAGUUGGUCACAGAAACCUACUUGUAAAUACAGAAGAGAAUUGAAAUUAAUAUCAUUAUUAUAUGGAUAUUUAAUAUGUAUUGCAUCGACUUAA